AUGGGAGAAACCGAAGGGGUAUUUUCUUCGGCCAAAACUCCUGAUCCAAACAAUUUGUCCCGGGCCAGAAUGGCGACAAUGAAUCAAUCACUGAAGUCUGUUCUCUCUUUCCUGGCCCUGACCAAUUGGUUGUCCACAUCUUCUGCUUCUAUCGUAAAGGGUGCAAAGAAUUCUGCUCAACAUGCAUGCGAUUACUUCAACGAAGCACUGCAGAGCAUCACCACACUCCCUUCAGAGAGUAACUACGCGAAUCUGAGUACCGAAAACUGGUCUGCAACGGCGUGGGCCCAGCCGGCUUGUAUAGUACAACCUGCUUCGGUGCCUGAUGUUCAACACGUUGUCAGGACUUUGACACAAUUACAAGUUCAGUUUGCUGUGCGGUCAGGGGGCCAUAAUCCUUCACCUUUGGCGGCCAACAUCAACGGCGGGGUACUCAUCGACACGUCUGCCCUCAACGAAGUCACGUACGACUCCUCGUCAGGCACUGUACGAGUUGGAUCGGGAAAUACUUGGGGUGAUGUCUAUUCCGCUCUUGAUCCUCUCAACGUCACCGUUGCUGGUGGAAGAUCUGUGGGCGUAGGUGUUACGGGCCUCACUCUCGGUGGUGGUCUAUCAUACUUUUCAGACCUGUACGGCCUUGUUUGUGACAAUGUGGCUGAGCAUGAAGUUGUACUUGCAAACGGAUCUCUCGUGAAGGCCAGUUUGCAUGAAAACCCCGAGUUACAUUGGGCACUCAAAGGGGGUGGUAACAACUUUGGGAUUGUAACCUCAUUCAAGUUCUACACCUUUGCCAGCAACCCGGUAUGGGGUGGUAUUAAGGUCUACGGCCUUGAACAGCUCCCAACCAUUUACGCAGCACUGGCAGAAUAUCAAACCUCUCCUAACAAAGACCCUUAUGCAAACUUGGAUCUUCAGGCUGCAGUCACGAACUCUUCUAUUGGGGUCCUGCUAAACCUGAUCUACCUAAAGCCAGUGGAAUCUCCCCCAGCGUUCAAAGUCUUUUAUGAAAUCCCGACUCUUCAGGACACAACUAAGAUCCAGACCAUGACUGAAUUUCUGACCGGUGGUGUGUUACCAUAUGUUCCUAGAUGGGAAUUUCUCACGACAACCUUCACGCCCAGCACAUGGCUGUAUGCACACCUCAGCGAGAUGUUCACGUCAUCAUCAGAGGUAUCCGAUUUUGGAGGUAUAACAGGUGGUACGCUCGUAGUGAGUAUGCAGCCCAUCUCGGAGAGCCUGGUGCUUGCUGGCGAGGAACGAGGAGGGAACGCAUUGGGACUCCAGCCUACAAACCAGACUUGGGGGAUGUUCACCAGCGGCUGGUAUUCUAGCGAAGACGAUCCCGACGCUCACAGCCUUGGAUCGUCUCUAAACAACCAGACGAAAAAGGCGGCUGUCAAUGCUGGACAACAUUUGCCCUACGUGUUCAUGAACGACGCCAGCCACGACCAAGCCGUGAUCGCAAGUUACGGCACCGAAAACGUGAAAAGGAUGAGGGAUGUGCAGCUCAAAUAUGACCCGGGCCAAGUGUUCCAGACAUUAGUUCCGGGGGGUUUCAAGCUACCAUGAAGACUUGUCUGUGUAAAGGGUAAGGGGUUGUUUGCGGGUUCAUUUUCUCUUCGCAAGAUAACACCUAGUUAUUGAAGGACAGAUGCAAACGACAGCUGUGGUGGAGGAGAGGGGUUGCAGUUACGAGUCUGAAUCAAUGCCACUCAAAUCUUCCCGGAACAUGACUUUGAAAAUGUCUACAUGGACAGACACCACUUCCGACUGCAAUGAUCACACAGGCUAUUAGGUGAUGUUAGGAAAGGGUACCUUGUGACUC